AUGCAUGAUGAUCUAGGCAAGGUUUCUUCCGAGAGUGACCACAAGGUCGGCAGAAUUACUCCUUCCAUGAGAAAAGAGGCCCAAGCUGCUCUAUUGGACUACUUGCAUAUCAAUAGAGGGUUCGAGUUCAACUUCGCUGAGAAUAUGAGUCGACAUUCGCAUCAUUUCCUCGGUGAAUUAAUCAGAAAGGUCAACACCGAAGGUGAUAUUGCCCUAGCAAUCACUCGGUUCAUCUGUUACCAUCCGAUCAACGAAUUCGAACCUUUCUUCGAGAGCCUAGGAUUGAAACCUUGCGAGUACUCCCCAUUUCUGCCACGCAAAUUGAUGUUCUUGGCUGAUGACGAAUUUCUGCUUGAGAAUUACCGCAUUCUAGCUACCUACGGGAUCGAGAGGAACAGUAUCGGAAUCAUCUACAGGGAUGCCACAGAAGUAUUCAGGUAUGGCAAGGGAGUGUUAUCAGCAAAACUUUCAGCUUAUGAGGAAUUAGGCUUUAGCACUUCUUUCGUGGCUAGAGUUGUUUCUUGCUUUCCUUACCUAUUGACUGGGGAAGUGAAUAUUGAUUUCGUUCGAGUAAUGGAGAUAUUGAAGAGAAUAGGGAUUGACUUCCAAUGGAUUGAAGAUCAAUUAUCAGAGAGGAAUUCUUCCUGUAACUGGAAGCAGUCUUUGCUACUGCUGAAAUCUAUAACCAAUGCAGGUUAUAGCGACGAGAAGAAGCUAAGCCAGCUCUUGAUCGAGCAUCCAGAGAUUCUUUUCGGUGCAGAGCAGUCAGUGUUGCUAAUCGGUGUACUACUCAAAACAGGAUUUGCAAUGGCCGAGAUAGUCUCUAUCUUACAACAAUUCCCUAAAAUGGAGGUUGGGAAAUUUGUUUCAAACUUGAGGCAGGGAAUUCACAUGCUGGACGAGAUCAAAAUGGAACCAUGUGAGAUUGCAGAGAUCGUUCACUCUCACGCGUUGCUGCUCGGUUCAUGUACUCUGAAGAAGACCAAGACAUUGCUCUACCGUCUGAACAUUGGGAAGAAGAGACUUCGUGAGCUCAUCCGGGAGGACCCCCGGACAAUGAAGAACUGGGUUCUGGGCGUUGGAGUUCAACCGAUGCAGAGUCGAAGAGGGCAAAGAUUGGAUUGUAAAACAAAGUUCCUGUUGGGCCUGGGAUACGUGGAGAAUUCCACUGAAAUGGCGAAAGCGUUGAAGGUUUUCCGCGGCAGAGGGAGUGAGCUUCAGGAGAGGUUUGAUUACCUCAUAGAAGCCGGGUUGGAUAGGGAAGCCGUCCUGGGGAUGGUGAAGGUAUCCCCACAUAUUCUUAACCAGUCGAAGGAUGUCACCGCGAUGAAGAUCGAUUUUCUGGUGAAGGAGUUUGGUUACUCGAUAUCGUGUGUCGUUGGAUUUCCAUCCCUGCUGAACUUCAAGGUGGAGAGAAUCAAGCUUCGGUUGCUGAUGUAUGGCUGGCUGAAAGAUGAAGGAGUGGUUAAACCUGGUCUCUCCCUGAGCAAUAUGAUUGCCGCCUCGGAUUCUGUCUUCUUCGGACGGUAUGUAGAAAAGCACAGAAGAGGGCCUGAAGUUUGGCAGGAUUUGAGGAACAAGAUUUAUGGGGAUGAUAACGUGUAG